AUGUAUGGGAGAAUGAAUUAUUACAUUACAAUAUUAAUAAUCAAUUUAAUGUUUUUAUCGGUAUUAUGUACCAAUUGUAACUAUCAUUGGCAAUGUACAAAAUACGAAUAUUGUCAUGAUUAUAUGUGUAAAUGUCAACCAGAAUAUGUACUUGUUUCAGGCAAAUGUUUGGGACAGUUACUGACAACGAGAUCAUUAGAUUUUACAACAAUGAGAUCCACAACAUCAACAACUAUUAUAUACGAUAGUGUGCUUGGUUACAGAUGUGACUCAAAUCAAAAUUGUAAUGGAUUAGUAACGAGUGCCAUUUGUGUGAAUAGAAUUUGUGUCUGUAAACCAGGUUAUGAAGCUGAUGGUAUUAUGAAUUGUCGACCAAUCACAGGAAUACGAUUGUUGGGUGAUCAUUGUUCAACACAUUCACAAUGUAAAUCAAUUGCAACUGAUCGUUCUAAAGUAUGCAUGUCAAACAGAUGUUCGUGUACCGAAGGCUACUUGCCUAUUGAUUCAUAUCGAUGUAUAAAAGAUUUUGAACCAUUAAGGACUACGCAUUCUCCAUCAACAGAAGCAGUUGGUUAUGGAUCGUAUUGUCAACAGGAUUUAGAUUGUCAACGAAGUUCACUGUUAAUGAUAUGUCGACAAAGUUCUUGUUUGUGUAUUGAAGGAUAUGUACCAUUGGGAAAAUAUAUUUGCUACAAUAUGGGUUCGUAUUUUACUGAUUUUCAGAUUAGUCUGUUGGGUGGCUCAUGUGUAAAUACUGUCAAUUGUCAAGGUGUAAAUGCAAUAUGUGAAAAUGGAGAAUGUUCUUGUCGAAAAGGAUAUUUUCCUGUUGAUAAAUGGACUUGCCUGAUGAUUGAUGAUAAUUCCGAUGAUGAAAUAAUUCCGCAAACGGUACCAUCAACAACUAAAAUCUCUUGGUGGCCCUGGUCACCUACCACACAUCGAACUCAAACAACGUUAGAUUCAACAGUAAAGAACUUGAGUUGGAGAACAAAAUGCGUAAUAAAUAAAACUUGUGUCACGGUUGAUAAAAAUUCUCAUUGUGCACGUCGACGAUGUGUAUGCAAUAUUGGUUAUGAUUUAAUCAAUGGUGAGAAAUGUGUAAAGAGGAAACAAUUACAGAAGCCACAAUCACGGACUGAUUGUAAUUAG